AUGACACUUCUCACACUGCUGCUUGUCACCACCAUUCUAGGCUGGAUCGCAACGGCAGUCAUCCUGGUCAUCCUCUUGCCCUCCCGACAUGUGAAGCACUCACCCGCCUCACCCGAGUCCGUUCGGGUCCAGGUCUUGGUUCUGGGCGAUAUUGGACGCUCGCCCCGGAUGCAAUAUCAUGCUCUUAGUAUUGCCCAACACGGCGGUAGCGUCGACCUGAUUGGUUACAAUGAAUCGCCACUUCAUCCCGAAUUAGCCAGCAACGCCAAGGUGGCUGUUCACUCGCUGGCCUUACCUCCAGUCAUCUUGAAGUCAAAGUCACUCCCAUUCAUAAUCACUGGGCCUUUGAAAGUUUUAUGGCAAAUCUGGAGUCUCUUUUGGGUGCUGGGCUAUGAGACCCAGCCAGCACGAUGGCUGCUGGUACAGAACCCUCCAUCUAUACCAACAUUAUUCAUUGCCCUUCUCAUCUCGGUCCUGAGGAAUACCCAUUUGAUGAUUGACUGGCACAACUAUGGCUGGACUAUUCUGGCUGGCACCAAGGGAUCCAAUCACCCAUUUGUCAAGAUUUCCAAGAUAUACGAAUGCGUGUUGGGACAAGUAGCACCCACUGCAAACAUUACCGUCACCCAUGCCAUGGAGCGACAACUCAAAGAGGCUCCUUACAAUAUCAAGACGCCAAUCUUGACCCUGCACGACCGGCCAGCCGCCAUCUUCCAACCCCUCAGUUCGAUUCCUGACCGCAAGGGUUUCCUGGAGCGGCUGCCCGAGACCAAGGACUUGGCCCAGAAUAUCCUGGCCGGAGAAACCAAGCUGAUUGUCAGCAGCACGAGCUGGACGCCCGACGAAGACUUUUCACUCCUGCUGGACGCUCUGGUCGAGUACGCCCAGGACGCACCGCGCCCCAUUAUUGCCAUCAUCACGGGCAAGGGCCCGCAGAAAUCCUACUACCAGGAAAAGAUUGCAUUACUACAAAAGGAUGGCAAGCUGCCCAACAUUCGAAUCUUGACUGCCUGGCUGAGCAUGGAGGACUACGCCAUGCUGCUUAGCUGUGCAGAUCUCGGCAUUUGUUUACACAUGUCCAGCUCGGGAGUCGACUUGCCCAUGAAGGUUGUGGAUAUGUUUGGCUCUGGUCUUCCGGUCGCAGCCUACUCCAAGUACGAGAGCUUUGGCGAAUUGGUCAAGGAAGGACAAAACGGCUGCGGCUUUGAGACGGCAUCCGAGCUGGCCGUCAUUCUAGCCCGACUAUUCAGUGAUAGUGGCAUGGAUGAGCUCCGAACACUUCGUGGAGGCGCCCAAAAAGAGGGCAGCCUGAGGUGGGACGAGGAAUGGGAUCGUACACUUGGGCGCGUAUUUGGCGUCAUAGAGUAG